AUGGGUAUGUAUCUAGCAGUACGUGAUUUCAUGAUUGAGUAUGUGAGAAUGGCAACUCGUCUCAAUACCUCGGAGAUUGAGAGAGCCAAAAACCAGCUCAAAACACACUUGCUCCUUCAGUUAGAUGGCACAACUCCUAUUUGUGAAGAGAUUGGUCGUCAGAUGCUUGUCUAUGGCCGACGUAUUCCAAUGAAGGAGAUGCUCAAGCGAAUAGAUAGCGUCAGUGUUGAUAGUGUUACUGAAGUUUGUCACAAAUAUUUUUAUGAUCGCUGUCCAGCUGUCGCUUGCAUGGGCCCUGUUGAAGUUUGGCCCGAUUACACCGCUGUUCGGGAUAUGAGCUUUUCACUGAGAAUCUAG